AAAAAGGAAGCGGUUCCGGUGUUUAGUAGCGGAAUCGUCAGCGUGUGAUCUUGGUAGCGUCUCUGUUUCGUUUCGGUACUUGUUCUCGUGUUCUCGUGUUCUCGUGGCCGUCGUCGUCAUGGUGAAGUUAUCCGCGGAGUUGAUCGAACAGGCCGCUCAGUACACGAACCCCGUCCGAGACAGAGAGCUCGAUUUACGAGGUUAUAAAAUACCAGUGCUUGAAAAUCUUGGAGCGACUCUGGACCAGUUUGACACAAUUGACCUUUCUGACAAUGAAGUCCGAAAACUGGACGGUUUCCCUCUGCUCAAAAGACUGAAAACACUGCUGGUGAACAACAACAAGAUUUGUCGCAUCGGUGAGAAUCUGGAGCAUUCGCUGCCGACUUUGACAGAACUGGUUCUUACGAGCAACAACAUUCAGGAGCUGGGGGACCUGGAUCCUCUGGCCUCAGUGAAGACGCUGACGCUCCUCAGCUUGUUGAGGAAUCCAGUGACCAACAAGAAGCAUUACAGGCUCUACGUCAUCAACAAAAUCCCACAGAUCCGUGUGCUGGACUUUCAGAAGGUGAAGCUAAAGGAGCGCCAGGAGGCGGAGAAAAUGUUCAAAGGCAAACGAGGUGCUCAACUUGCAAAGGAUAUUGCCAAGCGAACAAAGACGUUCACGCCCGGAGCAGCAGCACAGCUUGAGAAGAAGAAGGCGGGGCCGUCUCAAGCCGACGUGGAAGCCGUCAAGAUGGCCAUCGCCAACGCGUCGUCUCUGGCCGAGGUGGAGAGGCUGAGGGGGAUGCUGCAGGCCGGUCAGAUCCCAGGCCGAGACCUCAGACCAGGUGCUGGGAUGGAGGAGGAGGAGGAAGAGCAGGAGGAGGAGGAGGAAGAGCAGCAGCAGCAGGAGGAGCAGCAGCAGGAGCAGGGUGAACAGAUGGAGACUCACAUGGGAGGAGGAGCUAGUGAGAACAUGAAUGAGGGAGAUGAAGAUGAAGAUGAAGACAUGGACGAAGAGCCUCAUGUCAACGGCUCCUGAUUGGCCCUGGAAACAUUUCACGUGUUUUCUGUCGUCGUUUUGAGUUGAUUUUGUUAACCCAUUUUUUUUUUUGUAAAAUGUCAUUAAACAGAUUUUGAAUAUUA